AGAGAUCAUGAGCAAAGGCAGGAGGAGGAGGAGGAAGAAGAUGUCCAGACCCCGAGAGGGCAGAGCCGACAGCGGGGCGGAGGUGGUCGCCGAGAGCGCCGAGAAGCGGGGCCCCAGCCGUCCCAGGAUAAACGGGGAGAACAUAUUUACUUGCCAGUCCAAAAUCUAUACCUACAUGAGUCCAAACAAACCUCCUUCUGUACGACCUCCACUUCAAGAGGAAAACUCUGCCACACAUCAUGAGGCAAAAUGCCAGAGCAAAAUGGGGAAUGAAAGCUACAGAAAAGGAGACGACAGACUAAAUAUUGGCAAUGCAGCCGACAGCACUAUGAAAUCUGAGGACCAGAACAGCAAAGAAUGUGGGUGUGAAUCUCCAGUCUCCUUCUCUAGUCUCAAACCCGAAGCCCCACAGCCACCAAAAGCCCUGCCUCCAGAGCCCGCUGAUGCAACAAACAGAAAGGAAGCCCAGAAGAAAGGGAUCAAGACCAAACCUGGCUCCAAGAGAAAAGCCCAAGGGAAAACGCAGCAGAACCGAAAGGUCACAGAUUAUUAUCCUGUUAGAAGAAGCUCCCGGAAGAGCAAAAAAGAAUUACAGAUAGAGGAGAAAAAACGGAUAGAUGACUUAAUAGAAAGCGGCAAAGAAGAUGGCAUGCAGAUUGACUUCAUUGAUGGUAAAGGGCGAGGGGUCAUUGCAACCAAGCAUUUUAAACGAGGGGAAUUUGUGGUCGAAUAUCACGGGGACCUCAUUGAGAUCACGGAUGCCAAGAAACGAGAAGCUGUGUAUGCCCAAGACCCAUCCACUGGCUGCUAUAUGUACUACUUCCAGUACUUGAGAAAAACAUACUGCGUUGAUGCCACAAGAGAGACCCACCGUCUUGGAAGGCUGAUCAAUCACAGCAAAUGCGGCAACUGUCAGACAAAACUUCAUGACAUUGACGGCACCCCCCACCUCAUUCUGGUCGCCUCCCGUGACAUUAAAGCCGGCGAAGAACUCUUGUACGAUUACGGAGACAGGAGCAAAGCUUCCCUUGAAGCUCACCCAUGGCUGAAACAUUAGCGCAGCUUCCUGAACGGACUUACCAAGAGGACCCUUGUUUACAGCUCUUGUGGUAGACCCCCUUCCUAAGUCUGCUCUGUAACGGUGAUUUGAGUUGGCCGCUGCAGGGUGGAGGUCUUCCAGCCCUACCCCAAGCAGACUUGAACCUGAAUUCCUGGUGAUUUUAAUACAUUAUGCUCAUCUGGAUUGCCUAAUCCUCACCUCCUCUACUCAUCUGCAUACGAACAGAAGAAAUGAUCAGUGAUUCCUGACUUGGGAUUUUUGGGACUGAAUUUUUACUGAUGAGAAAGCAGCUUUUACUAAGGUUUGUUCGUUUUGUAGUCGCAGUUUUGCUCGUGCGAGGGAGGGAGGGCGGGGAAAGGAUAAUAUUAGGAAAGUAAACACCUGAGGAGUGUUGACCAUCUCAGGUGAAGGUCAGGGGAAGAGGAGAUACCCACUUCCGCUUCCUCUUUGGUCACUGUUUCAGUGAAUGCCUGAUCCGGGGCACAUCAGACACUUCUGAACUUCAUCUGGGAUUCUCACAAUUCACAGGUGGGUGCUGGUGCUAUUAACAGAAAUCAGAUCCCUGCAAACAGAGGGUCUAAUCUAGGCAGAGGUGUACUUGUCCCAGUAACCUUGGGGGCUGCAAAUGGGGAGGAGAGGAAGGAGAAGUUUUGUUGCACAAGCAGAACAACUGCAUUGGAUACUGUCCUGUUAGGUUGGCAACUAGAUGGGCAAAGGGGUUGUGUGAUGCUCUGCUAAAGGUGAGCAAAGCUUUCUCCUUUCCACAGUGACUGUCCAUGCAACUCUUCUGGCACUGAUUAUGCUUCUAGAUGUAUCUUCCUGGCUAAAGGAAGUAAACUGGAGCAAGUUGGUCUGUCAUCACCUGCUUUGGACAACCAUUGACUAUAUGGUUUGCCACCUUUCUCUGAAGCCUGGGAUGGGGAGCCUGUGGUCCAUUGGUGGACUACAACUCCCAUCAGCCCAACCCAAGCAAUGACCAAUGUUCAGGGAAGAUGGGAGUUGUAGUCCACUAACGUCCCGAGGGGGCCGCUGGUCUCCCCUCCUGUCUUAAACCCAGCACGGAUAAGUAGUCAGAGAAGGGAAAAGCUUUUCCUGCGUUUUAGGCCCCAGUGAGCACUGAGUGGCCUCUUGCCACCUUGGCAUGGCCACACAGCUGUCCUUGUUGGGCUUCCUGCCACAAAGUCCUCCAGUGCUGCCAGGGGUCCGUAGGAUUUAGGGACCCAGCCUCUGUUUCUUUCUUUUUUAAAAGAGCUGUGAACUCCACUCCUGAGGUUGCUGGAUUAUUAUUUUAAAUUUAUUUUAAAUAAAGGGUGUUUGAUCCACGUAGAACUGUGAAGCCAAAAUGUUAAUAAUUAACUGCACUUUCUCUCUCUCUCUCUAAUAGAAAAGAGGGAGAAGAAUAACAUGGAGAAAACUCGAUGCUUUUUAUAGAAUCAAUGGCCGACUUUUGCUUAAGGGGAUUUUUUUUU